AUGAUGCCGGAGAGUGGCUGGCGGGAGAGUGACUCUCAUCUCUUUGGUUCGCCGGCCUCGCAACGCAUUGGACGCGAAGCGUCCAACGCCUUCUUCGAAACUGAUCAUAAGACUGACGCACCGCAUGUGCGGGGACGAAUUCCUGAUCGUGGCGUCUUUGAUGCCGUGGCUUCGCCCUCUGCUGCUGCUGCUGCCCCCUUUGGACCCACUCGACCGAGUGGCGGUUCGCCGCCACGGGUGCAGAUGUCUCAUGGGGAUGGCGGAAUCAAAACACUGGUUACUACCUCGAACGUUACGGGGCAGGUGCUGGCACAGACAGCCCCACCACGGGCGCUUGAUGACGUAGACGUUUCUCCUACUCUAUUUGGCACUCAUGAUCUGCGAAACGGUUUGCUGGAUCAGAAGUUGCAACACAUGCAACGCGAGACGAAUGCGUUGCGAGAGGAACUGAAAGAAACAUCCGGGCGUCUUGCGCACGUGACAGUGAAGCUUAACGAGCAAAAAGUGGAAUUCAGUGGUUUAACGCAUCGGUACGGGACAACUGUUGAGAAGCUUACAGCUGCUGAAAGUAACGUAAAGCGGCUGGAGGAGCAUAUUGUUCAGGAGCGCAGUAAAAAUGGGGUGUUGAGAGAGGAGCGCGACAAACUUAAGGCCUCAUUGAAGGAUUUGGAAUGGGAGGUGGAAAAAUUACGUUGGGAACUUCAAGAAGAACGUAAGCGACCUGCUAUGGACCCUCGAGAGGUGCAACGCAUGCUGGAUGAUCGCACGCGAUACGUUCCCGCUGCGGAGGUUCAGCAACAAUGCGAAGCCAUGCGUGAGAAGCAUCAGACGCUUCUAGGUCGUUUUAUGUCAUCUCUUGACGCCCUUUUAGUGCAACACGAGGAAGAAGAAACUUCGGUAUUUGUUGCGCGAAGUGCAGUUCUCUCUGCCGCGACGGACUUGGAGACACGGGUGGCGUCUGCGGAGACCACACUUAGUGUGUUGUGUGAACAGCUGACUCUUUUUAACGAGGGCUCAGAGCGUGACAUGACAGAGAUGCUCACCACACUUAUGCUAGAGAACAAAGAGUUGUGGCAGCAUUUGUCAAAACUAAAGGGUGACCACGACACGGCCGUUGUGCGGUUGGCGACGCUUCGUCGCAAAGGUGAACAUGUUCCGCAAGAUCAGUACGACUACGCCCAGAAGCAGCUGGCGCUAACUGCGGAAAAACUUUCCACUGCUCAAAGGACGGUGGAGGCACAAAUUGAACUGGCGAGGGAGCACGAGGAUCACAUGAAAGUGCUGUUGAAUGCCAAUGACUCGCUACAGGAUCAGCUGCGUCGUCUCACGGAGGAACUGGCACAGGUAAAGGAGGAUGCGGAGCGGAAGGAGAAUUUGUUAGAGAAGAAUAGGGCGGAAGUCAAUGAGGUGCUGCGGCGGGCGGAGGAAUUUCAGGAAAACGUUGAGGGCGAGCGGCGUCGUCUGAAUAAGACGAUUGAACAGAUGAAUGAGAGUUUUGUUUCUAGAGAGCAGGAAUACGAGCAACGCAUUCGCCAACUUCAGGAGGAGCGAAAUGCGACGCAGCGGGAUCUUGAGCAGGCGCAGCGUGGCUUAGAUGACACACAGCAACGCGCUGAAUCAUUGCAGCGAGAGCUUGACUCUCGCACAAGUUACUUUGAGGAGUACAGACGACAGACGGAGGAGCACCAGCAGGAAGUCAGCCGCUCUUUUCAGGAAGAAAUGGCCUCCGCAAGAGCGUUAUUAGAGCAAGAGUUGAGUCUGACACGGCGGGAGUUGGAAGAUCAGCGGACUGCCGCGAGGGAGUUGGAGCGGGAGCGGGAUGACGAGCAGGCAGAACACCGUGCUGCGCAUGCUAUUGCUGCUGGAUUAGAGGCCGAGCUAUCACAACAGCGUCGCGAAAAUGAGCAGCAACGACGCCGCCUGGAGGAGGUUACAGCGCGUGUGCAUAAAUUGGAGGCAGAAGCGGAUAAAUUGCGGCAGGCGUCUGACACCGUGGGGGAGGAGAGCCACCAGCUUCAACGGGAAGUGAAACGAUAUCAGGCGCGUGCGCAGGAAUUGGAGCAACAGAUGCAACAAGAACGCGAUGCGCACACACAACAGUCGAUGCAGCUUCGACACGAAAUGCGAGAGGUUGAGCAACGUCGUUCAACGAUGCAAGAGGAGCUACAAAAAAUUCGAUUGCGUCUUGUGGAGAUGGAGAGAGAUCAGAAGCAACGUGUGAUGCGUGAGCGCACAGACGCUGAUAGGGAGAGUUUUGUGCGGGAAAAUGCCCGACUUCAUGAACAAUAUCAGGAGGUGCAGCAAGAGAAUGUCGCUCUCCGUGAGAGUCUGCAGCAACUAAAGGGGAAGGUGCUUAAUCAUGAACAGCUCUCCCAGCAGCUGGAGGAUGUGCAGGAACGUUUGAGGCAGCUUCCAACGCUUCGACAGGCUGCAGAGGAUGCCAGAAUUGAGGCGAUGCGUGCCUCCCAGGAAACAGAGACACUACGCCAAGAAAGAGAUGCAAUGGCGGCAAAAUUGGACUUUUUUCUGGAGGAGAGCAAACAGGCUGCAAAAAAAGAUGAAGAAUGGGGUCGUAUCUUUCGUGAUGCUGCCGAACAAACUCGUCGCCUUAGCGGCCAGGUCUCUGUGGUGCGAAAACAGCAGCAGUCGCAACGGAGCCCGCCUAUUUUUGUUAGCCCCCAUCCCAGUGGUUACAGUGAGCAAUACAGCAACUACCAGCGGGUCCUGGGAAAUGGGGGCGACAUUUCGCUACGUAAACCAAUGUCGCCCUCGCAAGCUGCUGCAGAUGCAUCGCCACCGCCUAUCGCACCUUCUUUAUCCCGACCUUGGCACUGA